AUGGCCGGCUGCAUCGAUAUCGAGAUCUUCCCGACUGAGUUCCCCAUCUGGGCCCUCGUCGACGUACCUCACGGUCCCCAAGCUCGGGCACUACACGAAGGUCUCACCGCGCACGAUGGCGCCACCGGCAGCAAGCACAUCUUCGGGCCAGGCGGGCUCUAUUGCAGCUUCCUGUGGAUCAUCCUCGUCUGCGCACUGCUGCCAAUGCCCUUCUAUCCGCUCGCCCGGCGGUACGUGAACAUCCCCGCGGCGCUCAGCGCAGCGACGUCCUUCCCGCCGUGCACCGGCAUGCAGUUCACCAGCUGGUUCGUCAUCGGCGGCGUCUUCCAGGGAUUCCUGCGCCGCCGCCACUUCCGCUGGUGGAUGCGCUACAACUACGUGCUCGCGGCCGCGCUCGACGCCGGGCUCGCGUUCGGCUCGCUCCUCGUCUUCGUCUGCUUCUUCGUCCCCAAGGGCGGCAACCUCACAUUCGACUGGUGGGGCAACACCGUGUGGCAGAACACGAACGACGCCAUGGGCGCGCCGUUCAAGAUGCCGCCUGUGAAUCAGACGUUCGGGCUCACGACGUGGGCGUGAACGGCGCCUCUCCUGUUGUACACGCAUCGCAUAUUCGCACGGACUUUGUGCUUGUCUCUGUAUCAUUAUUUGUUAUUGUUGUACUGAUAUGGUAGCAUCCCCAUCCCCGUCCCAUCCCCCGCAUAUACUCUUUCGCGCGACCACACAUAUCUUUGUUUUUCGCAGUCUCAGAGCACUUUCUCUCUGUACUCCUGCAACUUCGUUCGGCAUUGAUUGUGUAGUCUGACUGGGUCUGUGACAUUAGUGUACUACACUCUGGAUGUACUCGUAGCAGAAGGCACAAUAGACCUUCGUCGGAACAUCAUCGUCG